GGCUUGACAUUGAUGACAUUUCAAUCUACUUUGGUGAACAGUUGUUUUGUUGUUGAUUUUCUGCAUCAAAAUAUUAAAACAUGAGUCUGUGGGUGGAUAAACACCGACCUAGAGAUCUUAUGAAACUAGAUUUUCAUAAAGAUCAAGCAGUCCGGCUAAAGAGUUUAGUGCAACAAAGUGAUUUCCCACAUUUGCUGAUAUACGGUCCCUCUGGUGCCGGUAAGAAAACACGUAUUAUGUGCUUGCUGAGAGAAUUGUAUGGUUCAGGCGUGGAACGCCUAAGGCAAGAAACGAUGAACUUUACCACCCCAUCGAACAAGAAAAUUGAAAUUAUGACUGUAAGUAGUAAUUACCACAUUGAGGUUAACCCAACUGAUGUAGGAAUACACGAUCGUGUUGUUAUCAUGGAUUUAGUGAAGAAUGUAGCCCAGACACAUCAAAUUGAUUCAUCAGGCCAGCGGGAAUUUAAGGUUGUUAUUCUGAAUGAAGUUGAUGACCUCACCAAAGACGCACAGCAUGCGUUACGCCGAACUAUGGAGAAGUAUGUAGCUACUUGUAGAUUGAUACUCAUUGCUAAUUCGAUAUCACGAGUUAUUCCAGCAAUUCGGUCACGUUGUCUAACAAUAAGAGUCCCAGCACCUACAGAAACUGAGAUUUCAUCCGUUCUACAUUUGGUUUGUAAGAAAGAAGGAUUAAGUCUGCCAUCCGAGUUGGCAAUGCGUAUAGCCAAAUGUGCUGAUCGCAAUUUGCGACGUGCGUUACUUAUGUGUGAAGCAUGCAAAGUCCAACAAUACCCAUUUACUGCAGAUCAAAAGGUUCCAGAACCAGAUUGGCAACAAUUUAUCAGAGAAACUGCUUCUAUGAUUUUAUCUGAGCAAUCUCCAAAAAAACUAGGGGAAGUUAGACAGAAGCUGUAUGAGUUGAUAAUACAUGGUGUCCCUCCUGAUAUGGUGUUUGCAGGCCUGCUGAAAGAAUUGGUUCGUAACUGUGAUAUGGCGAUGAAGUGUCAAGUGGCCAGUCAUGCUGCAAUGUAUGAACAUAGAAUGAGACUUGGAAACAAACCUAUUUUCCAUCUAGAAGCAUUUGUUGCCAAGUUUAUGGCUAUCUACAAAAAGUUUAUGGAAGAAUCCCUUGGUGAUGCAUUUUAAGACUUUAUCAAGUGCAGUGUUAAACAUUUUGUAAGACAAUAUGCAAUAAUGUGAGAUUUCCCAUUCUCAAAGGCUGUUAUGAAUGUAUUUCGAUUAUUGAAAUUCCAAGACUGUCUCGAUCAAUAUACAUAAAAUUAUGAAGUUUA